AUGAGUCUUUCGAAGUUUAUCAAGAAAACCAGGCCCUCGACGAAGAGCAUUCUUGGGCAAGACUACCCCGAAGAGGUGAUUGAUAACCCGCCAGUACCAACGCCCCAGAGAGACAUCGAGGGUUACACAGAUGGGCGCUUGCGACGGGGUCUCGUGUUCGCUGAUACGACACUACGAAAUAAGCGAAGAAAAGUGUCACCACUAACCGAACACUGUCUGUUAAUGUACACCGCUACAAUUAAGGCAGUCCUCGAGGAAGAUUUCGAUGAUAACGAUGAGAGGAAUAUGCUGCUCUCAACUGUCCUAAUGUGCGAAAGGGAUAUCUAUACAAAGAACUUCCUUCGCGGCCCCGACGGAGAAGAGCAGGCGAGCUUGAUCGAGAGGUUAGCAGAACUUCGACGGUAUGAAUUCGCUGCAAGAUACGGUGAUUAUAUGAGCCAUGUAUGUCAAAAACUCAAGACUACUGCCAAGGUGUACAAAACAGAGUACUACGAGAGUUUACAUGGCUGGGACCGAUAUUGGACGGAUAUCAACCAUUCGAUCAACAUUGAGCAAACCAACUGGACGAGGAGGACCCUACGGGACCCGACAGUGACGGAUGACGAUGUCAAGACAACCCUGACCAUAUACAAUGCAUGUGAACAUAUGGCCAUUGACUUCGACAAGAUUCUUCAAGUCAUCGCGAUGUACACUGAUCGCAACAGCCUUGUCCAUGCUUCAAUUUUGAGUCAUGUCUCCACCCGCCUCCUGAAACGGCCGCUUUCUCCGACUGAAAAGGAGGCAAGAGUCGGUACAUACAAGCGCCAGAAGAAGGCUUGGAAUGCUCUUGAAAUUCCGAUCGACCCGAUCUUCAAGGCCCACGACGAGCUCUGGAAGGAUGCGGGCACGCAGACCCGACCACUUGGGCCGUCGAUAUUGCCCGCCUAUUGUGCAAUUGACAGCGAGAUCCCCUAUCGAAUGCGUCAACGGAUUCUCGAGACGUACCAGUAA